UCAUGUUUGACGCAUUACGUUCAGCAAUUGACGAAGAAAUGAAUAAAGAUGAAACUGUUUUAGUAAUAGGUGAAGAUGUUGGGCAUUAUGGCGGCUCAUAUAAGGUUACUAAAGAUUUACAUUUAAAAUAUGGUGAUUUAAGAAUAUUAGAUACACCUAUUGCUGAGAAUAGUUUUACAGGUAUGGCCAUUGGUGCUGCUAUGACUGGUCUUAGACCUAUAGUAGAGGGGAUGAAUAUGGGCUUUUUACUUCUUGCAUUUAAUCAGAUAGCUAAUAAUGCAGGGAUGCUUCCAUAUACAUCUGGAGGUAAUUAUCAAAUUCCGAUUGUAAUUCGUGGUCCGGGUGGAGUAGGACGUCAACUUGGUGCUGAACAUUCUCAAAGACUUGAAACUUAUUUUCAAGCUGUUCCUGGGUUAAAAAUUGUUGCUUGUUCAACUCCUUAUAAUGCUAAAGGUCUAUUAAAGUCUGCAAUAAGAGACAAUAACCCAGUAUUAUUUUUUGAGCAUGUUUUACUUUAUAAUAUGAAACAAGAAAUACCAGAUUAUGAAUAUACAUUACCUUUAGACAAAGCUGAAAUAGUAAGAGAAGGAAAAGACAUAACUAUUAUCACCUAUUCAAGAAUGAGGUAUCACGUAUUAAAAGCUGUUGAUAGAUUAAUUGAGAAGAAUAUUGAUCCUGAAGUUAUAGAUUUAAUAUCUCUCAAACCUAUCGAUAUAGAUACAAUUAUUAGAUCAAUUCAAAAAACUCAUAAAGCAUGUAUUGUUGAAGAAUGUAUGAAAACUGGUGGUAUAGCAGCUGAAAUAAUAGCUCGAGUUAAUGAGUUGAUUUUCGAUUAUCUAGAUUCGCCAAUUAUUAGAUUGUCAUCACAGGAUAUCCCUACACCUUAUAAUGGUCUUUUGGAACAACAUACAAUAGUACAUUCAGAACAGAUUAUAAAUUCUAUAAUCAAGCAAUUAAAUAUUUAGUAAAAACAAAACACAUAACCAUAUUGGUUAUGUGUUUUAUUUUUACUAAAUAUUUAAUUGCUUGGCCUGUACUUUUUCAAAUUGUUUUUUCUUUAAAAUUAAUAAAAUUUGUGUUAAGGUU